UGCGCCACCGCCUGUGCCACCUGCGGCUGGGCCUGGCCGAGGAGCUGAGCCGCCUGGCCAAGCGGGAGAGCGCGGCGCGCGCGCAGGAGCAGCCUCCUCCUGGGCAAAGUCAAGAAAAAGACACUAAAAAGAAAAUGAAGGAAAGCAGGCCCGACAACGAGGUGAAACUUCAACCGAAUUUCAUAAAAGAAAGAUUAAAGCUUUUCGAAACGCUGAAAGAAGAUCGUCAGCUUUCACGGGCCAGUUAUGAAGCAAAGGAGGCUGUAGGCCAUGCGAUCACAGUAAGAAUGGCCGAUGGGAAGACAGUGGGAGGGGAAGCCUGGAAAACAACGCCGUAUCAGGUGGCCGCUGGAGUGAGUCAAGAACUGGCAGAAAACACAGUCAUUGCCAAAGUAAAUGGUCAACUCUGGGACCUGGACCGCCCGUUGGAAGGGAAUUCCUCCCUGGAGCUGCUUACAUUUGAUGAUGAGGAAGCCCAAGCUUACAAUAAAUUCAAAUGCCGCAUACUGAAUGAGAAAGUGAACACUCCGACUACCACGGUGUACAGGUGCGGUCCACUCAUUGACCUUUGUAAAGGCCCCCAUGUAAGACACACUGGAAAAAUUAAAGCCAUAAAAAUUUUCAAGAAUUCCAGCACAUACUGGGAGGGCAAUCCUGAAAUGGAAACGUUGCAGAGGAUCUAUGGGAUAUCCUUUCCUGAUAACAAGAUGAUGAAAAGCUGGGAAAAGUUCCAAGAGGAGGCCAAGAACCGAGAUCACAGGAAGAUUGGGAAGGAGCAAGAACUUUUCUUCUUCCAUGAUCUGAGUCCUGGUAGCUGUUUUUUUCUUCCCCGAGGAGCCUUCAUUUAUAACACACUGAUGGAUUUCAUACGAGAGGAGUACCACAGACGGGACUUCACAGAAGUUCUCUCCCCCAACAUGUACAACAGCAGACUCUGGGAAGCCUCUGGCCACUGGCAGCAUUACAGUGAGAAUAUGUUUACCUUUGACGUCGAAAAGGACACAUUCGCCCUCAAACCCAUGAACUGCCCAGGGCACUGCCUCAUGUUUGCCCAUCGCCCGCGGUCCUGGCGGGAACUGCCUCUCAGAUUUGCCGAUUUUGGAGUUCUGCACCGGAAUGAACUGUCAGGGACUUUAAGCGGCUUGACCCGCGUCAGGCGCUUCCAGCAGGAUGACGCUCACAUCUUCUGCACCGUGGAGCAGAUCGAAGAAGAAAUAAAGGGGUGUUUGCAGUUCUUGCAAUCUGUUUACUCGACAUUUGGCUUUUCCUUCCAACUAAACCUGUCGACAAGGCCUGAAGACUUCCUAGGAGAGGUGGAGGUGUGGAAUGAAGCUGAAAAGCAACUGCGGAAUAGCUUGAUGGAAUUUGGAAAACCGUGGCAAGUGAACCCAGGAGAUGGAGCGUUUUAUGGUCCUAAAAUUGAUAUCAAAAUCAAGGAUGCCAUAGGCAGAUACCAUCAAUGUGCUACGAUUCAGCUGGACUUCCAACUGCCCGUUAGAUUCAAUCUCACCUAUGUCAGUAAGGAUGGAGACGAUAAGAAGAGACCCGUGAUCAUUCACCGAGCCAUUUUGGGAUCAGUGGAAAGAAUGAUAGCCAUUCUCUCAGAAAACUACGGUGGGAAAUGGCCCUUCUGGUUGUCUCCCCGUCAAGUUAUGGUCAUCCCUGUGGGACCCACUUGUGAAGAAUAUGCUCUUCAGGUAUCCAGUGAAUUUUUUGAAGAAGGAUUCAUGGCUGAUGUUGACUUAGAUCAAAGCUGUACACUCAAUAAGAAAAUACGAAACGCACAGCUGGCUCAGUAUAAUUUCAUUUUGGUGGUUGGAGAAAAGGAAAAGAUAAAUAACGCUGUCAAUGUUCGAACAAGAGACAACAAAAUUCAUGGAGAGAUUUCAGUAACUUCUGCCAUCGAUAAACUGAAGAAUCUCAAGAGAUCACGUACACUGAAUAGGAAGACUUUUGAAGUCCCUUCCUUAGAUUAUAUUUGCUUCUGUGCAACUUCAUUUUGACCUUGAAAAUGUAUUUUUAUUUUUUUUUUAGAGAGAUUUUCGCUGUAGGGCACGUGCACUUGCCAGAGAGACAGAGACAGAAAGUGAGAAAUCACCCUUAGAGGGGAUGGCCAUGCUGUGUAGUCCCUUCUCCUCCAUUCUCCUCUCAGGAUUCUGGGCACGUACACACAUGCGCCUGGCAUGAGUUUCAAGCCAUUGAGUCCAGGACUCAAACCACAGUCAGUUCCGUGGGAGUCGAGCCUUAAACCACUCUGCCACCUGUUGGCCCCAAAAUGUAUUUUUCUUAACCUUUAACAUGUUAGUACUUCUAAGAACUUUGGACCCACAGAUAGGUCCAGUCAUGGGCUUAGUUGAAAAAGAAGACAAUAAAUGAUUAGCUGAUAUGUAUAAAGCCUAAUUUAUCCAUGUGAUCCAAGACCAGUAAGAGGCCAAACUUGGGAAAUGGGCCAUGCCUUCAGAGACUUAAGUGGAGAAAUGGUCAUUCACAAAGGGAAACAUUAGGAAAAGCAGAAUCUGAAACGUCAUUGACAAGAUUUGUGAUUUUCAAAAAAUGGGCUUCCAAUAACGGUCUGCAAAGCUUUGUUAAUAGGGGGGAAAUCUUCUUUUCUAAUAAUAUUAUGAGUCAGGUAUUUUUAUGGCUGUUUUACUAGCGUUGACACUGAAAUUUUAUCUCCCACAUCGGAAUGAUUAUUUCAUUUGUUUUAAAUAAUCGUCCACCACCAAAAACAGCAGGUAGGACUAAAUACUGUAUUACUGACAAAAGACUGAACCUCAAGGACAUUCAGUGUCAUGGAAUCUGUUGCUUGUACCAUAGGUUUGAGAGUUGCAGUUUUAAUGCUUCUAAUUCAUCAUUAAGCUUUGUUUGAAAAAAAAUAAUACAAUUCCCAAAUAAAAACGCACCAUGCAGUGUUUCCUUGUUUCA